ACGUAUGUCUUUCUCUGAGUUCUUCGGCCCAAGCCACGGGCCGAUGGCGUCGUGCCACAGGCUUGUGAAGAAUCCCCCUUCCCAUCCAACAGGCAUUCACAAGAUCAGCAACCGCGGUCCUCCGCUCUGGCGAAAUGAUAACAGGCGCUCGACGUUCUGCCUCGAAGCGUCCAAACGAUGGAGCCGAACGACGACAAGCGCUUCCACCUAGUGCUCGUUCACGGCAUUGUUGACGAGCGCGCCUCCCGACAUCAAUCCUGCAGAUUCUGGUCGGCGCGAUUCCCGAAUGCCCUUGUGACCGACUUUGCAUUUCUUCCUGAUAAUGAAGACUGGGAAGGCGUUAGCUUUCUGGGGAGGACACAGUCGCUGCUCAAGGCCGUCGAGCAGGACAGGAAGCGCUGGGCGAGCGCCCCCCGGCUCGACGAGGACCUUCCGUGUGUUUUUCUCGGCCACGAUCUGGGCGGCUUCCUCAUUCAGCAGGCACUUGUAUUGGCGUCGCAAGACAGGAAAUAUGGCCGUUUGGCCACCGAAUCAACCCUAUUGAUCUUCUGCGGCACUCCAAAUGCUGUGCAGGACAAGACCGCUUGGGUGCCCGAGGUGCUUCGGCUCUUGUCCGACGUCGAUGCUGAAAGCUGUCCCCCUCUCGGACUGCUACAGGAGCUCCCGUCCACAUUGGAGGAGCUCUUCUGGGCAUUUGCCAGUAUCCAGAGGCAUUACGACGUUGUCUUUGUCGAGAGAAGCUCGAGAAGCGCCAGCCCACCGACUAGUGCGGAGGCGUCACGAUUGGCGCGCCACCGGACGGUGCUCAGUUCCGCGGCCAAUGGGGCAGACUUGUGGCGGUUUCUCCCUGGAGAAACGACGUCGGAGAAGAUUUUCGACCUGAUCAAUGACGCUGUCACGCGCAGCCUCCAACCCCUCUCCGAGAAGUUCUACCGCUUCAUGUUCGCUGCGUCGAAGUUGAGUUCGAGCAACCAUCAACCACGGCUGGCUAGGCCGCUUCCCAACUCGCUGGACUGGAUCGACCAACACAAAUCUUACCAAGAAUGGCGGAGCCCAGAUCCGGAAGCGCCCAGCGUCCUUUAUCUUCGUGUGCCAAGCGGAUCGGGGAGUGCCGUCCUUGCUUCUCACCUGAUUACGACUCUUCAGGACGUGGCCGACGCCGUCGUGGUCAGUUUCGCCUUCAGCAAGCGGGACUUGAGAACUCAGUCCAUCACGACUUUCUACCUCUCGCUGAUACGACAGCUCCUUCUCAGCCGGCCCUCCUUGUUGCACGGUGUCUCCCCCUUCUGCGAUUGGAUUGUUCGUGACAUAGUAUUCAGCCAUGCGAUUCUCAGGACUUUAUUCCACUCGCUGUUGAGGGGCUGCUCUCCUUAUCCUGUCUUCUGCGUUAUUCACGGAACUCCGGAGUGCGACCGUUUCUCGCUUGACGAUGUCAUCUCCCUCUUCGAAAAGCACCAUUCGUCUACUACGCGGCUAAAGGUAGCAGUCAUUGGCGAGGAGCCUCGACGUGGAAUACUCUACGAUGCUUCAGGGAUAUGCCGAGACGUCGACCUUGACGACAAGGCUUAUCGCGCAGCCUCCGUGGAAGCCUACGUCCAUUCCAGAACCAAAAGGCUGGCGAGCAGCUGCCUAGAGUGGAAAGACCUCCAAGACGACAUCGACAAGAAGUUAUGCGAUGGCCGGACCACCUUUGUCGAAGCGACUUUAGCAAUUCAUCUUCUAGAAACGUCAAGGAUUCCCUCAACCAAGGCUGCGGCCGCCGGCGUCGUCAAGGAAUUCCCUCUCUCGCUUGAUUCCAUGUAUGCCGAAGCAUUGCGGCGAGCUCAGGAUGAGUGUGCAGUUGCACUAUUCCCUUUGCUGCAAUGGAUCUUGCAUUCGGUUCGACCACUCACCUUGAUCGAACUCGCCGUCGUGGCCGCUCUGGGUUCUCAGGACGUGGUUUCCAUGACCGAGUUGACACUCGUCUUACCAUUGCGCAUCAUGGAUGAUCUGCAGAGGGUCAAUGGAACGCUCUUGAGGGUAUCUGGCUUGGAAGUGCACCCCAUCCAUAAAACACUGGCACCAGUUCUCGCCAAGCAGUGGCGGCUCGCAGGCGACAACCCGGACAGCAUCAUCCUUUCCAAGUGCCUAGACUACCUAGAGACGAUAUUUGAGUCCGCGACAACCGUGUCCGGUGAGCCUGCGGAUUCCGAUGCUAGUUACGAACUGCCACCGAUGGACGGUCCUGAGUUUGGUCUUGUCAACUACGCAGUGACAAACUGGCCUCAGCAUUACAUGAGAGCGAAUGACAGGCCCCAGUUUAACCAGCGAGUGCUCGACCUUUUUGGCAAGGAACACGGCAAGAACGCCAAAAUCUGGGCUAAUCUCUACGAGAAGCACCAUGGCGAGUGGGCCGAUACGCAUUCGGGGCCAGACAGCGUGUUGACAAUCGCCAGCAUGUUCGGACUCGUCGACGUGGUGAGAGACGCCGUUCAGCAAGUAAAAGCCUCGGGGGAAGCUGGAGAUGAGCUUUCGCGUGCGCUGAACCUGGCUGUAGGUCAAGGCCACUCAGAAGCCGUAGCAUUGCUCGUAGAGGAGGGAGCAGAGUCUAGCUGGGCUGUUUCUCUCGCAGCUGGCGGCGACUUCAUGAGCAUCCUGGAGACAAUGCUCAGCGCCAAACCAGAUGACGUCCACAAUGAGGACAAGUUUGGAAGGCCUCCGUUUUUGAUGGCAGUUCUGAAUGGACACGACAGGAUUGCAACCUACCUGCUGGGAAAGGGCGCAGAUUGCCACAAACCUGUGGGAACCCGCGUUACCGCCCUCCACGUUGCCGCCGCCAUGGGCCAGUCAGAAAUUGUUCGGCUGCUGCUCGAGGCCAAGAUUGACGUCAAGUCAACCACCGACAGUGAAGAGAACGCGCUUAUGAUGGCAGCGGGAGGAGGAUUUGACGACAUUGUCACAAUUCUGCUGAAGCACGGAGCGGCCAUCGACGCACAGGAUGGAAAUGGAUAUACGGCCCUCCAUCACGCGGUCGAGCACGGGCAUGUCUCUACAUGCGAGCUGUUGUUCGAGGCCGGCGUCAACCUUCAAGUUGUAACGUCAAAAGGAUUCUCGCCAAUCCACCUGGCUUCCAAGGCGGGGUAUCUCGACAUAUUGCAGCGGCUGAUCUCGCGAUCAAAACAGAUGGUGGACCAAAUGGGAGAAGACGAAGUGGCAACCAAAGAGCGACGAGUCAAAGGAUCCACAGUUCUCGAUCACGAGACCCGGGGAAGAGAAGAGUCAAAAAUGGAAGAUACGCACACAAGGUCCGAAGACGUGCAAGAGCCCAACGAACAAGACGAGCAGACACCUACAGACGUCUUUGAUGCCUCUGCCGGCGUCUUGACUCCCCUGCAUCUUGCAGCUUCCCAUGGACAUGUUCACGUUGUGCGAGAACUGUUCAAGUACCCCAGAUACAACUCGGAGAGGAGUCGGGCAUCGGCGCUGCUACUGGCAGCCGUAGGCGGCUUCAUGGACGUCGUCGAUGAACUCCUCAAGUCCGGAAUCACAACGGUUCUCAAGGACACCGACGGAAACUCGCCCCUUCACCUGGCCACCCUGCGGCAGCAUCCAGAUAUCAUUGCACAUUUAUUGGUUGCAAAAUUCGAGUCAGCGGCCAUCUUCGACGUCAACGCAGCCAAUGAAUCCAAGUGGACCCCUCUGCACCUCGCCGCAAAGUCUGGCAGGCUGCAGUCGCUCCUGACGCUUCUCGACCACGGCGCGAGACUUGAAGAUACGACUGAUGAUGGCCAGACUGCCCUCCAUGUUGCCGUUGCAAGUGGCCAUCUCCACGCCGUGAACGAGAUCCUUCUGCGUUUGGAUCGCACUCCGGAACAGAGAGUCAGCCUCAUUGGCAUAGAAGACAACUCUGGCCUCACAGCCUUCAUGUUGGCCGUGCAGAGCGACCGCAUUGAUAUCGUCAACGCGCUCCUCAAGACAUUCUUGCCUCCCGAGAAGCUUCAGGGGCAGAAAUAUGCAUUGAUAACUGCCGCCGAGAGUAAUCGGGGAGCCAUAGUUACACUUCUCUUGCAGAGCGGCUGGGCUGUCAACGCGCGCACAGAGCGCGAGGACACGGCGUUGCAUCAUGCCGCAGCUGAAGGUCAUGUAUCCGUGAUGACGCUGCUCCUCGAGCAUGGUGCAGACGUUGAUGCCAGAGACGAUGAGGGAAAAACCCCCCUGCACUGGGCUGCAGCUUCAUGGGACAGUGCAGGCGCGAUCAGGCUCCUAUUGGAAAGGAAAGCGGACCCUGAGGCAACUGACGACAACGGCGUCACACCCCUCUGGCGCUCGGCCUACUAUGGGAGAACUCAAGCCGUCGAAGAGUUCCUCAAGUGGUCACCAUUGCCAAACCUGAAGGCCCAAAAGCCUUCGACCGGGUGGACCGUCCUCCACGCAUGUUUCGAUAACCCACACAUCACGGCGCUGCUUCUCAGCGCAGGCGCAGAUCCACGAACAACGAACAAUUUCGGCGAUGCUCCGAUCUUUCUAGCUGUUGACCACUACGACGGCUUGAAGACCGUCCAGCAUUAUCUCGACGCCGAUGUGGACCCCAACAUAGUCAACGGCAAAGGUCGUACGGUCUUGCACUUGGCUGCCAAUGUCGGAGCGCUGGAGAUUGUCGAGCUUGUGAUUACCCGCGGGGCAGACGUCAAUGUGACGACUGGCGAAAGCAUCACGCCGAUUAAUCUAGCGGCAUCCAAGGGCCAUACGAAUGUUGUCGGCCAUCUGCUAGACCACAAGGCGGACCCCGAAGCUCUUUGUGGGCAAUCAGGCAAUGCGCUCAUGGCAGCGGCGAGGUCUGCCCACUCUGAAACAGUCGAGCUUCUGCUAAAACGGACGGUCAACGUCAAUGCAACGAGCCCAAAGUUUCCGUACUAUACGGCGCUUCAAGCCGCUGCAUGGUCGGCUGAUCAGGCCACCAUCAAGGCACUUCUGGCCGCUGGCGCCGACGUCAACGCCACGGGCGGGAAAUAUGGCAGCGCCCUCUGUGCAGCCGUAGCCGACGGAAAUCAGGCCAAUGUCGAGCUUCUCCUUGCCGCUGGCGCCAACAUCAACCGUGCCGGUGAGAAGUCGGCAGCGCUGGAGCUUGCUUUGUCGUGCCAACACUCGGGAAUUGCAGACUUAUGCUUGGCACGAGGCGCAGACGUGGACCUGGUGAGCAAGGGAGCUCACGGCACCGCCCUAAUCGCAGCCAUUAAUGUCGGCGACUUGACCAACGUCAAGAAGCUGCUGGAGCGCGGCGCGGAUCCCAAUCUGUGUCGGGUAGGAAAGGCGGAGUCGUCUGAGCAGGUGGAGUCACCCGAGCAAGUGGAGUUGUCCGAGCAGGUAGAGUCGUCCGAGCAGGCGGAGUCGCCGGCACAGGUGGCCGUCCGAAAGGGCCGUCUACCCAUCCUAGAGGUCUUGGUCGAGCAUGGCGCCAAGCUCUCGUACCGAGAUCGAUUCGGCCGCGGGGUCCUCUCCCACGCCAUUAUGUCGAGGAGCGGGGACCUGAUUCCGUACCUCUGGACGCAGCCAGACACCCGCAUCGACGAGCAGGAUAACGCGGGACGGACGCCUCUCAUGCAUACAACCCAACAAGGCAGCGAGGUGGGCGAUCUGAUCAAGCGAGGUGCGAAGCUUGACCUCCAGGACCGAUGGGGCGCGACGGCACUCAUGCACGCCGUCAUGCGCGACUACCGCUCCAUCGUCACCGAACUCGUUGAGAAAGGUGCCGAUCCCCUCGUCAAGGACGUGCGUAGACGGGAUGCCCUGUAUUGGGCCAGUCUUGUGGCCUGCAUGGAAACAUUUGAGUGCGUUCUCAAUGCCAUGCAGACGCUUAGCGCGACACCGGCGUGCUUCCAGAAUGCCAUCAGCGCUGCUGCGGCUGCUGAUAGGCCGGAAUUCGUCGAGAAGCUGCUGGGCGAGAUCCUAUAUAGCCCAUUGCAGGUGGAUGACGACGGGUGGACUGCGACUUACACGGCGGCGAGGUACGGACGGACCCGCGUUGUGGCGAAGAUCGAGGAUGCAAUAAGAAUCUCAGGCCGCAUGGAAAGGGGCUCUAUACCUCAACCAAAGCCUCCGACAGCGUGGCAUCCCAAAGACAUGGGGCAGCCUCUUCUCCGUCAGCCAGAUGCCAACUCAAUCACAGUGGAUAGAAAUCCAAGCCCCACUACUGAACCGAAGGCCAUCGCAAGAGCCAACCAUCCUAUGGUCCCAGGGCAGAACGGCGUGUUCUAUUUCGAGGUGACGAUCGUCAACGGCGGCGAUGGCACCAAGCGCUUUGGAGUGGGCUUCUGCGAAGAGGACACUCCGUUGGACAUCAUGCUUGGCUGGGCGGAAGGGUCCUGGGGAUAUCAUGGCGACGAUGGUAACGUCUUCAACAACGGGCAGCGCAUCUCAACCGGAGAUCCCUACGGUCCAGAGUACGGGCAAGGUGCCGUUAUCGGAUGCGGCGUCAACUUCAGGGAAGAGACUGCCUUCUACACCGUGGACGGAGAAGUCAUCGGGCGAGCUUUCAGCAAGAUAUGUGGUAGACUGUACCCGGCCAUCUGUGUGGACACAAAUCCAGCCAAUGCCGGUUGUGUCCUAUCCGUCAAAUUUUGGGACGCCAAAGUAAAAGAAGAAUCGGCAGCAGCAGCAGCAGCAGGCUUCAAGUUCCAAGGCCCAUUCACGGAUGAAAAGACGCGACAGGAUUCUGAGAGGGCCAAGACGGCUGCCGAGGCCGACAAGCGGAAGGAGUCUGACGACAGCUCCGACGACAGCUCCGACGACGAUUCCAGCUUAUCAAGCGACUGAACGGAUUUCGCACGUCGAGACGCUACUAUUUUAUCUCACUGCUGCCGCUCAACGUCUGGGCUCGAACUACUUAGCUCUAUACCAGCCACUUUGGAGUUGGCAAGGCGUCACGAAGCGGGAGUUGGCAGAUGUGGAGUGGCAUUGGCGGGUUAUAUAUAUUUAGUGAAUGUAAUUCUUCCCCAAAUGGCAAGGAAGUCAUUCCCACAUUAAUAAACCUGCUGAGUGCUGCAUCCCCGCGCAAUCAGAGACAUCUUGCAGAUCAAAU